AUGUUUGUGAAAGUGGCCGCUGCGCUGCUGGUUCUGUCUGUGCUGGACCAAGUAGUGCCUUCGGAUAGUACGGACAUUCACAGUCAUGAUACCCCCCCAGAGAAGCCGGCGAACCAGAAAGGACGCAUGUCUUUGCAAAACACAGCUGAGAUCCAGCAUUGCCUUGUGAAUGCAGGGGAUGUGGGCUGCGGUGUGUUCGAGUGCUUUGAGAACAAUUCCUGUGAGAUCCGGGGUCUCCAGGAAAUCUGCAUGACGUUCCUGCACAAUGCUGGCAAAUUUGACUCUCAGGGAAAAUCCUUUAUCAAAGACGCUCUAAAAUGCAUGGCUCAUGGGCUCCGGCACAAGUUCAGCUGCAUCAGUCGUAAGUGUGCUUCCAUUAAGGAGAUGGUGUUUCAGCUGCAGAAGGAAUGCUACAUCAAACACAACCUGUGCUCUGCCGCUAAGGAGAACGUGGCCGUUAUGGUGGAAAUGAUCCACUUCCAAGACCUGUUUCCCAAAGGCCCUUAUGUGGAGCUGGUGAACAUCCUCCUGAGCUGUGGCGAGGAGGUGAAGGAGGCAUUAACCCGCAGCGUACGGCUCCAGUGUGAGCAGAACUGGGGAGCUCUGUGCGAUAGCCUCAGCCUGUGUUCUUCUAUGGCCCCAUCCCCGGCCAUCGUCUCAGCCACCGAGCACCGCCACACUGUACCCCAGCCUAACCCUGAACCAGUGCACCCCAAGCCUCCCAGACAAGGUGACAACAGGGACAAGCCCAGUAAAAUGGGGUUCAGCACUCACCCUCGCAACCGCAGUGGACCCAGGCAAGCCCAUGGCCCGGAGGUAGCGCUAGUGGCCGAGCAGGAAGCUGCAGAGGCCACUGACAUCAGGAGGUGA